AAAGAUGCCGCCUUCUGGACUCAACGGAAGCCAAAACAAACACAUAAAAGUCGGCAUUCUAGAGGUUCAGGGUGCGUUUCAAGAACACAAAGUGGCACUAAUGAGGGCGAAUCAGUGUUUACAAACGACCAUAAAGCUCGAAGUAAUGGAAGUGCGUCAUCCAGACCAUCUAUCCCCCGACAUGGACGGGCUGAUUAUACCGGGAGGGGAGAGCACCACCAUCAGUUUAUUCCUGAAGAGGAACAACAUGGAAGAACCACUCAGGAACUGGAUACAAACAAAGGGCCACGUGGUGUGGGGGACAUGUGCAGGAAUGAUUCUUUUGUCGAAGUGUACAGAAAAUCAAAAGGACGGUGGUCAGCCAACACUGGGAAUGCUAGACACAGUCGUUUCCAGGAACUUUUUCGGACGACAAGUGCAGAGCUUUGAAGCCCAAGUGACAAUCAAAGCACCACUGCUUAUACCAAGUAACACCCAAACAGGCACAUCUGAUUCUAAAUGUCAUGGUGUGUUCAUC